AUGGAACAAAGCUUCAACUCGCGCACAAUCCCUCAUUUCCGUGUAUCAAACGUCAGCGCCCUGUUUGCGGGACUGUGGACGGCGCCGACGGAACCCUGGUCAAGUAUUACCCGAACUGGGCCCACCAUCGCCGCCCUGAUUCCGGCGAGCGGGGACGUAGCGGGUCCGAGCUACCGAAAUAGGAAUGUGCACGUUGCCAAGGAAAAUGGACGAGAGGAUUCACGAUGCGACUCCAUUUCUGAGUUGUCCCCCGCCGCCAUUCGACCUCCCGCGAUGGCUCCGUACUACGAAGAUCCCUCCAUUUUCCCCAUGGAGGGCGGUUGCUCCUGCGGCCUCAUCCGCUACAGGGUCGCCCAGCCCUUCAUCGCCGUGCACUGUUGCCACUGCACCUCGUGCCAGCGCGAAACCGGCUCCGCCUUCGCCCUCAACGCCAUCGUCGAGUCGGCCUCGGUCGAGCAGCUCUCCCCGCCCACCCCACCAUCCCCGCGGGGCCUCCGGGCGGGGCCCCGCCACCCCGCCCUACCGCGCCUCGAAUACCGCCCCGCCCCGACCCUUCCCGCCGCCACCGACGACGACGGGCCCUCCUCGCUCUACGCAGAAGUCGCCCGCCCCGACGACGCCCCGUGUCCCCGCCGCGUCACGCACCCGACCGAGUCCGGGCGCGGCCAGUCGCUGUCGCGGUGCCCUAGCUGCGGGACGUGCUUGUGGAGCCACUACGUCGGCGCGGGUGCCAGCUUUGCGUUUGUGAGGGCGGGCACCCUCGAUGAAGCGUGGAGGAUCGACCCGGACGUGCAUAUUUACACGCGGAGCAGGCGGGCGUUUGUGGCUAUUGAGGACGGGAAGCCGCAGUUCGAGGCGUUUUACCCGAGUUGGAAGGAGUUGUACCGCCCGGAUGCGCUUGUUAGGUUUGAAAAGGGCAUUGCGGAGGCUAGGGCGAAGCAGGCGGCGGAAGCGGAGAAGGCGGGGACGACGGGGGAAGCAUAG